UGAAAUAUGUUCAGGGGCGCUUGGAUGUGGCCCGGGAAAGACGCUGCCGCGCUGACUCUCUGCUGCUGCUGCUGCUGCUGGGCUCCCAGGCCGAGCGACAAACCUUGCGCCGACUCCGAGCGGGCGCAGCGAUGGCGACUGUCCCUGGCGUCCCUGCUCUUCUUUACCGUGCUGCUCGCUGACCAUCUGUGGCUGUGCGCUGGGGCCCGGCCCCGGGCCAGGGAGCUGAGCAGCGCCCUGCGGCCGCCGUGGGGGACCGGCCGCGAGAGGCGGCCGGCGCCUCCCCGCGCGGUGCUGCCGCUGCCGCCGCCGCCGCCGCCGCCCAGCGAGCCCGGCGCGCGCCCAGGCACUUGCGGCCCCCGUUACAGCAAUCUGACCAAAGCCGCCCCCGCCGCCGGUCCCGGGCCGGACUGCGGCGGCGCCCCCGAGCCCACGGGGCUGGACGCAGCUUGCACCAAAUUGCAAUCCUUGCAGAGACUUUUUGAACCCACCACCCCAGUUCCUCCUCUGCGGCCCCCUGACUCACCUCCCCGCAUCCCAGCCACAUUUCCCACCGCCAAAAAAAACUUGCUCAAAGGUCACUUUCGGAACUUCACUCUCUCCUUUUGUGACACCUACACGGUCUGGGACUUGCUGCUGGGCAUGGACCGCCCCGACAGCCUGGACUGCAGCCUGGACACCAUGCUGGGGGACCUGCUGGCGGUAGUGGCCAACCCGGGCUCCGGAGCCUGGGAGGUGUGUAGCAACUGUAUCGAGGCUUACCAGCGGCUCGACCGACAUGCUCAGGAAAAAUAUGACGAGUUCGACCUCGUGCUACAUAAAUACCUACAGGCAGAAGAGUACUCAAUCCGGUCCUGCACGAAAGGCUGUAAGGCAGUCUACAAGGCCUGGCUGUGCUCAGAAUACUUCAGUGUGACCCAGCAGGAUUGUGAGCGCUGGGUGCCCUGCAAGCAAUAUUGCCUGGAGGUGCAGACUCGGUGCCCCUUUAUACUCCCUGACAAUGCGGAAAUGGUGUACGGAGGGCUUCCUGGUUUUAUCUGUACAGGUUUGCUGGAUACAUCACCAAAGCGGCCGGAAACCAAGUGCUGUGAUGUGCAGUGGGUCUCGUGUGAAUCAGAGAAGAAGAAGUUCAAGGAGUCUGAGGCCCCUAAAACUCACCACCAGCAAUUCCACCACUCCUAUUUCCACCACUACCAUGAACAGUACCACCACUACCACACCCACCAUGAACCUCCAGGCUAUGGCAGCCACAAGCCCCCCCUGCUGCAGGUCUCUGGGGGAUCCCGCCUCAGCCCCAGCAGGAUCCGGCUCUACAUCCUUUUUCUCAUGCUCCUCCAUACCAUGGUGUCCUUCUCCAGUAACCAGGGUGGUGGAGGACUAGGGCUGGAGGCACUGCCUGCCCUAGAUGAGGGCCUGACUCGGGAAGAGUGACAACAGAAAGGAGGACAGAACUCCACCACACACUGACAUCAGCUCCAGCCCCCCAGGUGGAGGGGGAGGGGGCUCUUCCUGUGGGAGGUAUAGGGAGGUAUAGGACCAGGUGGGGGAUGGGGAAGUAGGGAACUAAAUAUCACCCCAGUGUACCCCCCAAAAAAAGCAGCUCUAGCAGAAUCGCCAGAAGGCCCCAAGGAGCUGCCCAACUCAUCUGGGAGAAAAAAAGCAGGAGCAACAGGUACCUUCUCCCAUGUCCCCACCUAUGGGACUAAGCAAAAAAUAAAAAGAAAGGUGGGGGCUAGAAAAGCCCAUCUCUAUUGAGAGUCCUGGCCCCAUGGAAGGAGGCUGUUCAUUCAGCUUUGGCCCUGCAGGGAAUGUUGGGGGGCACAGAGGGGAGAAGCUCCUUCCCCCUUCCACAUUCCUUUUGUUGCCACGAUCCUUAAUUCCCUCCUGCCCAUACCCCUACAGGCAAUGGCAGACGGUGCAGUGGCCCUUCUCCCACUCCAGCUCACCUAGCCCCAUGUGGAGCCACCACAGUGAAGUGUCAGGUUGGAAGAUAAGGUACACAGAGUCACAGCUAGCCCCAGUUGAGUUUGGCCCCACCACCUUAGGCAAUUAGAGGUAGGAAUGAGGUGCAUAAUUAGCAUUUGGAGAGAGUUGGAAAAGGGAAGGGAGAAAAGUCUUUCAAGAGGCCUCAGAGAAACAGCCAAAUAUGCUGUUGCUACCUGAGAUGGGGGAGGUAGGUGAUAACUAUUAAGUCAAACUCAAGAGUGACUCCCCUAGCCUGAGAGAAUUACUCAAGGAGCCAUUUAGGGAAAGAAUGCAGAAACAGGUUGCUGGGGCUCAAAACAGAAGUCUGAGGGCACAAGGUCAGACUGCCAGUGUCUGAAGGGCCAUAUCUUACAGAAGGUGCACAUACUUCCAAGGGCCACUCUUGCCCUGGAGAUCUUGGCCUUGGAGCCAAAAACAUUUUCAUUUCUGAUCUCCAUGGGGAGGAGGGACUUAGGCCCAAGUGAGUCAGGCCUGGCCUGGGUCUGCAAAUGCCCUCAUAAUAUACUAGCCCAGGCCUUCAUGAAGGAGAACCUGGUGGCAUGGACCCAGGGCUCUCCAGAGAUGAGCCUCCCCAAUCUCCAUCCUGUCCUUGUCCCCAGCCUACCAAAGAGUAUCCACCCCUUUCCAUCCCAAUUAUGGAAAACCAGUCUCCUCACCCUGUAGCAGGUCUCCUGGUCCAACUACCCCUGCCCCUGGCUAGAGAAAAUCCAGAAACUGACAAGAGGACCCACAGAAUAAAGAGAAUAAAGAGAAUACUGGGGCCGACCCGAGUUCGAUUCCUCCGCCCCUCUCGGAGAGCCCGGCAAGCUACCGAGAGUAUUGGAUAUGCCAGAUACAGUAACAACAAAGUCUCCAAUGGAGAUGUUACUGGGCCCGCUCGAGCAAAUCGAUGAUCAACGGGAGGGCCUUUACUUUUACUUUACUUUCCUUGGCUGAGAGACUUGAAAUGUUCAGUCAGGCCAGAGGACUGAAGUACAAGAGACAUUGUGAGCCCUUUGUGGACCUUUAGCUUUGUGUCCACUUUCUGGGAGGCAGAAGCCACAUUGCCUGGGGCAUCUAAAAGCUAAAAGGAGCCACAAGAAAGGGAGACAGAACUGUGUUCCUGAGACAUGUUGAAAAGCUCUCAGUGCCAGAAGACCUAUGGUGUAGGAUGUGAUAUACAUGAGUAAAGGAGAAUGGUGGGCCUAGACUUGUGUUACAGUGAAACCAAAACGAGGAUGGGAGAGGAUAAGUAGAACUGGUUCACUUGAGAAUGAAAGGGUAGGCUCUCUAAUAAAGAGGGAGUCUCAAGAGCUGCUGGGUCCCAGACUAGGCUUAAUGAGACUGUGGAGUCUUUCCUGCCAGUUUUCUCAUUUCUCAAAAGUGUGUCCCCUCCCAACCCUGACCCCUGUGCCCUGCUCUCACACUCCCCUGUUUUGUCCUCAGCACUUCAGGCCUAGCCACACACCCCAUCCCUAGAGUGCUCUUUUCAACUGGGGAGGGGAAGAGGUGCUGGCUCCUUUCCAGAGAUGCUUAUGUAGAUUUGAGACCCUAGGUACUGCCUUCAAACUCCUGCAUCCUCAGGAGGGGAAAAGGAACUGACAAGUAAAGGGGGACCUUAGGGUCCCAGAGAAUGGACCCUUGGAGACUCCCAUCCUCUCUUCCUCUUCACCAAGUGCCCAGGAGACCCCUGGUUCAGACCAGCCCAGGGCCUUGCCCAGCGGCAGGGGAAAGGGGCACCUCACUCCACCUCAAAGUCAUUUGACUCCCCGUCCACCCUACCACCCAGACUUUCCACCACUACUCCAGCUUCCCCAGCCCUGUCACAGGCAACAGAGCUGGGUAGCUUUCUUAUGCCAUUUUCUACACUGUGCUUCAUGAGUAGAACUUUCUUGCACUAGUUCCUAUGACUGAGUCUCCAAGCUGGAUUCCUUGUAGUUCCCUGUCCCUUCCUUCCUCACCCAGCUACGAUUCAGUUGUCUUUUCCCUCCCUCUCCACAGCCUCUGUGUUUAGGUGAGAGUCUCUGUAUGUGUACUGCUUUCUGUUUUGUUGCACUGUGGGGCAGAGGCCUCUCUGCUCUUGUUUAACCCCAUAAAGAAAUAAAUGGUAAGACUUGAUGAUAA